CAAACGGGAUCUCUGAGCAGCUGUUGAUUAUUUUUAUGUCCGCAUCUUCUUUUCUAUUUAACGGUUUUCGCCAUAAAGUGGCGGCGCCGCUGUCCGCGGUGCUGAACGGGAUCUUCUGAUUGGAAGCUGAACUGACAUCGUCCUGCAGACAUCAGUCCACUCGCCCUUUUUGUGAAUCAAUGGAAAUAUUCUGUAAGGCGUUGCGAUUGCCUAUUUUGGAACUUAUUCGGAGAGGUUGUCUCCAAAACUAAAUGUAUCCUCCGUUUUCAUCUCAUUUGUGUCUCGAGAGGAGCAACACACCGAGAUAAGACACCCUGCAAUCACUCUGGUCUGUCGAGCAACAGAUUAAGAAAUCUGGCGUGUGUGUGUGGGGGGGGGGGCACUGUACGCCAACAGUAGCUGUAAGGGGCGGUGUCCAACACAAGGAUAGAGGAUAGCUGGUGCGCACACGGGCUCCACUUUUACGGAUCGGUUGUUCGCGUCAAGGAGUCAAAGCCGACUUUACCUGGGAUUUGGAUCUACAGGGUCUUUACCACGUAACUCUGCAUCAAGCGGACUGUGUGUGUGCGCGUGUGUGCCUGCUGUAGCGUGCGUGCGUGUGAGCAAGUGUAGGACCACCGGGGCAACUUCUCCGUCAUGGGAGCGCGUGGAUGGAGCUCUCCGCGUCUCGGUUGGUUCGUCGUUUGGGGAUAUCUCGCGUUUUUGGUCCCGCGGGCCGAGGCCGGCUGCGGGGAAAGAGAGAGCCCCAACUGCUGCACCGGCCGGAACAACGAAUGCUUCGAAUACAGCGAGAGGAAGACGGCGUGCUACUGCGAUACCUACUGUCAAAAAACCGGAGACUGCUGCGAGGACUAUCGGCGCGUGUGUCAAAUGUCUGCAGCCAUUGACUGUGUGGUGGGAUCUUGGGGCCCGUGGUCGCCGUGCACGUCACCAUGCGGGGUUGGCAGCACGGAGAGGAUUCGCCAAGUGUCCGUGCCCCCAAGGAAUGGAGGCACGCCCUGUCCAGACCUCAAGCAGCGCAGGGGAUGCUUCGGCAACAACGCCAUAUGCAGCAGUGCCAAAGAGGUGGCAAAAAUCCUACCGGAUUCUUUUAAGAGGAACUUCAAGGACCCUUGGCGUCGACCUCACAUGCUGAUGAAGGAGGAGAAGGCCAGCUACUGUGUGUACCUGCGGGUGAAGCAGGCCAGCGCAGCCUGUAGACUGAAACUGUGGAGUGCCCAGCUGGUGAGAGAGAGGCUGGUCUGUGCCGAGUGUCAGAGCGAUGCCAUGUCAAAGUCCGACCACUGUGGAGGUGACGGCCUGGAGAGCACCAGAACCUUCUGGGCGGCGGCCUCGGUGCCGGGCUGUCAUGGCUCCUGGGUGCGAGAGUUGUCCUCUGAUGGUUGCCGGUGUCCCCCCUACUCUGUGCUCUUCGUGUGAGCCGAAGCGCGAGCGACCACACGCCCACACGCCCACAGGGGAAGACCAAGCCAGACGCCCCCCACCCACCGUACCCACCACCACCACCACCACCCCACCACUACACAACCCCUUCCAAUCCAGAUUAGCGGAUGGGUAAACUCAAGGAGAUCAGCAGCAUCCUGCCACUUGUCCCCCCCCCUCAUCAUACUCUGUACUGUACACAUUAUUACCUAAGCACACCAAAGGUCUCUCCUUUAACUACUACAGCCACAUUUUGUACUUAUCCUCCCUUUCAAAGCACAGCAGCAUCUAUGUACCUUUGUUUUUCUUUUUACCUCUGAAUCUCUGCUAUCUACCUCCAUCAAUUCCAGUGCACUUGUUAUUGCAUAAUGUAUAAAUAUAUAAAUAUAUUAUUUUGCUUUAUACAUUUUCUACCUUUGAGCGUUUAUGUGUUAUGUAUAUGUACUUAUAUAUCCACACGUAUUGUAUCCAACAGUCGAAGAACACCAAACGGCAGUGGAAGCCCUCAGCCAGCCGCCCUUUAAAUGGAGAAUCCUAGAACUGGUUCUUCAGAAUUUUACCCGACCACCUAAACCCCUUGAGUCAACAUAUCUGUGUUUUCACAGUGUUGUCCCUGUUGUUCUUUUUUUUAUCCGUCAAAAUACAUUCAUAGCAGCAAGUCAAGUUGAACAUCAGAUAUUGAUUCUCAGGUGCUAGUCGACUUUGUUCUCCUCCCCUGACGGUGUUUCAGUAUAAAGGGACUAAUGGCUUGUCGAGUCCUGACACUGUUGGAGAGAGUGGAGAGGGAAAGAAGGAGGGUUAGGAGGGUUUCACUACGCUUCUCGCUGUCCUCAGAAAUCCUUUCAGCCAAGAGCCAUCCAAUAGAACCACCCGCGUACCGCCAUAUAACUCCAGUUCUAUUCCUGCAACAAUCUGCUCCAUCUGCACUUCUUUUUUCCCUCUCCGCCCUCUACGGACUGAAUUGUGACUUUCUCUCUCCAUGUCUCUGUGUUUGUGUGUUUAUUUAUUAUAAUGAUGUUAUUAGUGCAGCACAGCAUACUCUGUACACUGUCCAUAAGUGAAAAAUAAACUACUAUACUGUCCUUUCUUCUCUC